CAGGAUGCGCGCCUCUGCACUGUGUCUGUCGCCGCUGCUGGCAUUACUGGCGCCUGCGCUGGCCGCCGUCUCCUACAGGGGACACGAAGUGUACCGACUGGUGCCCACGGAGGAGCAGCUGCCUGUGCUGGCAGAGUGGCGCCAGCGUCCUGGCUUUGACUUCUGGUCGCAGGCGCACCUCGCCGGCCACCCUGUGGACGUGAGGGUCCCUCCACACUUGCAGCGAGAAUUCCGGGCAAACCUAGACAGCCACGGAGUGGAGAACCAGCUGCUGAUCGACGACCUCGAACAGGUCUUCGAGAAGGAACGACAAUGGGCGCAGACAAGAGCAGUCUCCAAAAACACCGAGUCUCGCAUAUCGUUCACCGAGUACCUUCGGUACGAUGAGAUUCUCCAGUACAUGUCGGAUCUGGCUUCAAAUUACUCCGACAUGGUGGCGGUAGAGUCCAUCGGGAACAGCUACGCAGGCCGCGACCUGGACAUCAUCAAGAUCUCCUCCGGAGGUGACGACACCAGGCCUGUUAUACUGAUCGACGCGGGCAUCCACGCCAGGGAGUGGAUCGCGCCAGCUGCUGCCCUCUACGUCAUCAACCAGCUGGUCGAGAACGCUGCAGAAAGCGCUCUAACUGACAACGUCGACUGGCACAUCGUUCCCGUGCUCAAUCCCGAUGGUUACGAGUACACCUUCAAAGAGGACCGAAUGUGGAGGAAGACCCGAUCCAUUGAAAUUACGGGAUGCGUUGGAGUGGAUGGUAACAGGAACUUUAAUUUUCACUGGAAUGAGACAGGCUCCAGCAACGACCCCUGUUCUGACACUUAUGCUGGGCCUAUGGAUUUCUCCGAGGUGGAGACCAGUUAUCUGAGGAACCACAUCAACAGGAACAUCGAUCGUAUCAAGCUCUACCUUACGUUCCACAGCUACGGCCCUUACAUGCUUUACCCCUGGGGCUACACUAGCGAAUUGCCUGACGACUGGGAAACUCUGGACGCCUUGGGACAAGAAGCAAUUGAUGCCCAGCUGGCAGCGGGAGGGCCUAACUACACCAUUGGCAGCAUCUACAACGUCAUGUAUGCAGCGUCUGGCGUGAGCAACGACUGGGUGAAAGGUGUGCCCGGAGUGAACCUCUCCUUCGGCAUUGAACUGCCUGGUGGCGGAGACACAGGUUUCGACCCUCCAGCAUCCGACAUCCUCAGCAUUGUGACACCAUUCUUUGAAGCAAUUCGUGUUUUCGGACAAUAUGUUGCUGACAACUAUGGAUAAAAAAAGACUGCGUGCUGAAGCAGUUUCUAUAAGGGAGACUUGAUGCUUUGUAAUAAAUACCAUUUCGGGAAUCACAUUCUCAUAGUCAUUGUAAGGGUAAAUAAUAAAACCAUUCGUACCUUUC